AUGGCCCGGAAAGAGCGGACAUUUGACGGGUGCUGGACGUGUCGAUCGCGAAAGGUUAAAUGCGACUUGACAAAGCCAUUUUGCUUGCGUUGUGCCAAGCUGAAACGCGACUGCCUUGGGUAUGGAAUACGAUUGAGAUGGAGCGAUCCAGUAACUAUAUCGAGUGAUAAGAAUAUGACCUGUUUGAAACUGGAUGGCAGUGAGCCAGAUAAUAUACAAAGAAGGAAUCUUGACUUGAUGGAGUUUCCUCGGAGUAUGCUUUAUGAAACGUAUGCGGAGUUGAAUUCAGUUUUGGAGAAAGUAGAUGAUUCGGCGGUGCUAUCGGGAAAAGCCAAAUUGGGACCCUUUAGGUGCUUCCGGUUUAGCGAGGAAAGAGAGCCUAUACGGACAUACACAGAAGCUUCUGAAAAGUCAGAAGCUCCUACAAUUUCACCUAUGUUGCCAUCUGCUGUCCCCGCAAAAAGGCGAAGGGUUGCUAAGACAUCGAUAUUUUCCAAGACAAACAACAGCCAUGUCCAUUAUGAUCUUCUCAACUUUGCCAAGCUUACUAUAUUGGCAAUUAAAGGCCCCAAUUACAAAUUCAACGACCAAAACAUGAUGCAUAUAUUGUAUCCUAAAUUUUUCCCCAACCUUGACUCCGAUGAUGCAUGGUUUGCCAAUGCCAUCUUGGUCAAUAGUAAGCUAUACUCGAGGAGGGACAACGAAUUGACGUUAUAUCCUUUGCUCCACAACUUAUUGGAACACUUUACGCUGGAAUUAUUUAGUGUCAAUCGUAUUGGGAUCAAGAAUAACUAUUUCGACGUGUUUGUCAUCCCUUAUAUUAAACAAAUUGUCGGCCAGUUUAUUUGCUGGGACUUUGCCUUUUGGGAUGUCAAUGAUUUGCAAGUGUUGGACGAAUUGGAUGACAUACAGUUGCUACAGAGCAUCAAAUUGUGCAUUAUUUACCUAUGCUUGGGACUAAGCGCUUUCAAAGUGUCUAAAAGGACGUCGUUACAUGAAGAGAAUGAAGACGAUGAAUAUAAAAUAGAUGAGUAUUUAAAGAUUAGCAUUGAGUUGCGCAAACUUAGUAUCAAGUUGUUAAACUACCAUUUAGAUGAGUCAGAUGUGAUUGCCGAGCGACAAAAGGGUGACAAGGCGGUUGAAGAUUACGAUACAAUGUUGCUUCUAGCUUUAAUCCUACAAAUUGAGCUUGAUAGUAUGUUUGGCGUGUUUGAAAACUUGGACUUGAUUUAUGCCAUUGGCGAUUUUGUCAUCAAGAAUAAAAUGGAAACACGGACGCGGAAUGCCACAAUGAACAAGUUCCUCAUUAACGUUUUCAAGAUUAAGUACUUCUUUUAUGAGAGUACGCAGGCGAUAAACUUGUUCAACUACCAAAUGGAGAAGGAAGACGAGUUGCGGUAUAAGGAUUUAAACGAGGACUACAAUUUGAUAAAAGACCUUGAUAGUGAAGGGGAUGAGGACGACAACGACAACGACAACGACGAUGAGCCAAGACUCAAACCUAGUAUUGAAAAUAUGCUAUCAGCAAGCGCACCCGCGAAAAAGGAUUACGUACCAACAGCAUUUACCAUCAACUUUAGUAAUAAUAGACAGUAUAGUGCUGCAUAUGAAGUGACUGGCGAUUCCAUUGAGAGCUCCAUUUCGACAAUCAAGUUUGCUCCCAACUUGAAUAUCAGAUUCACCACCACAUUAGAUACAGAGCUAAUUUACUUGAUGUAUGGCAUACCCAAGGAUCUUUUACAUAUAUUCCACGAGUCAAUCCACUUGGCCAACCAUAAGAAUAUAUUCAGUGUUAAAAAGGUGUUUCCGCGUAAUUUCCCUCGUCUUUGUGCCGAAGUCGAAGAUAAACUACUACGAUGGAACAUAAGGCAGCUGAGUUGGAAUUUAAAUCCGGGAAAUAUGUUUCAGAAUUUUCUUUUAAACCACAUCUAUUCCUUCCAUCAAGCGGUAAUCAUAUGCCACAACAUAUUACUCAAAAAGAAUUUUGACAUUCAUCAACAGCAAGAUACUGUUGAAAAGUGUUUGGAUUAUCUCUGUCAGGCAGUGGAUGGUGCCAGGCAGUUACACCUCAACUACCAGCCCAUGUUUUGGAAUUUGCUAGUUGCUGGAUCGGUUGCAACCGCAGCAUCAACGCAGGAUCGUGUCAAACUGAUUUGGCAAACAUGUCCCGGAUUCGAAACACAGUCUAACUAUUGGCGAGCCAAGCAAAUAUUGUAUGAAAUUUGGAAACGAAGAGCCACUGGUGAAGACGAGGAAGAUAAUCUAGGCUUUAUGAAUUUAAUUCGUGAGUGGGACAUUGCCCUUAGCUUAGGUUGA